AGCAGCUCAUUUAUAAUUCAGCAUCUUAAACUUUCCUCUGGACUGAGCAACUACCAGAGAUCUAAUUUACUGUCUGAUGAUUUAAAACCCGACAGCAUGACUAAUAGAGCAGAAGUUAUUUAGAAAGUUUAAUCAACUAGUUUUAGGUAAAUACUGAUGGCUAAGAGACGGCAGCAGACUUGGAGAGAAUAGCUCCAAUACAUAGAAUGAUCUCUGUAAUAAAUAAAACUUAUGGCAUGGAAUAUCUGCAUAUAAAUAAAUAUGGGUAAUAUGGAAACAUUUAUUUAUUUCAGUAACUCCUCUCUAAGUGAAACAAAUCAUAUAAAGUAAAGUUUUCAAAUCUUCAUUUCUGGUAAUUAUGAUGAUUUUCUGCUGCCGGCGACUGAAAACACGACGUUCAAGAUCAGCAUAUGGUAUCAGUCUGCAUUACAAAUACAAAUAAAGUUAUAUCAGACCAAUAAAAACAUUUUCACAGAGAAAUGUGGACAUAGAGACUUUUUAAGUGUUAUUUUCAGUAAGGUUGUUUUGGGCCUCCUGAAGACACCCGGCUGUCCUCGGUGCUCAGAGGGAAGCAGCAACAUCAUCCCAGCUCAGAUGGGACAGACCAGCGCUGGUCAUUUCCUCUUUAAACUGGUGGAACUCGUCAGCGUUUCCUGUUUGCUGUUCCUCAGCCUCCAGCUCUCUGCUCUGCGGUGAGAACAGCAGGAAGUUUGGUUCUGCAGAUAGCUGGUGAAGCUCCUCAGGACACAAACUGAAGAACCUUAUCUCACUUCCUGCUGCAGCAGCUGUGGGUCACUUCCUUCACAGGGACAAAACCCAGACUGCCCUGAGGUGGAACUCCUUCAGUUUUCCUCAGACACACAGAGACCUGCUCUCCCUGGCUCACCAUGCAGCGCCUCCUCAUCCUCCUCCUCCUCCUCCUCUUCAUCCAGGCAGCCACAGCCUCCUCGGUGCCUGGUUGCCGCAGCGACAGGGACAAGGACCACCGGUCCAGGGAGAACUGCACAGCAGCCGGGUUCAGCAACAUCCCAGCAGGACUGGAUCACAAGACGCAGGUUCUGUUGUUUCCAUACAACCUGUUCUCCACUCUGUCCUGGACCUCCUUCCAGAUCUUUACAGGACUCCAUGAACUCGACCUUACAGCCAACAAGGUUCCAGAGGUGACCCCCGGUUCUGCUCCUGUCCUGCCCAGUCUCAGUGUCCUCCGGCUGGGAUCGAACCUCCUGACAUCCCUCUCUGACAACUCCUUCGCAGCCUGUCCUGGUCUAACUGAGCUUUACCUGGAAAACAACUCCAUCACAUCUCUGAGCGACCACGCCUUCUCUGGGCUCAGCAAGCUGGAGAUUCUGGAUAUGACGAGCAAUCGUAUCUCCACACUUCCUGAUCUCAUGCUUCACCCUCUGCCGGCCAUAGAAACGCUCUACCUGGAGAAAAACAAGAUCAAGCUGAUGCCUGAUGAUUGGUUCAGCCAGAAGGAAGAGGUGCCAUACCUCUACCUCUCAGACAAUCCCUGGGUCUGCUCAUGUUCCCUGGAUUACUUACGCAGAUAUCUGGAAGACUAUGAGCUCAACGUCUACGUCCGAGAUGGCCCAGAGAUCACCAUAGAUGGACUGAGUGUGAUUUGUGACGCUCCACAGCGGCUCCAGGGGAAACCUCUACUAACCUUGGAAGAAUCUGAUCUAUGCCCACGUUCAGCAGAAAACUCACGGGGAGACUCCAACUUAUUUUCAUCCUUUCCGGUUACAUCCGUAGCUUCAGACGCCCCUUCUACUCCUGAACCUACACUGGCUCUACAUACCAGUUCAGUUCCUUCUACUCCUGAACCUACACUGGCUUUAGAUACCAGUUCAGUUCCUUCUACUCCUGAACCUACACUGGCUUUAGAUACCAGUUCAAUUCCUUCUACUCCUGACCCUACACUGGCUCUACAUACCAGUUCAGUUCCUUCUACUCCUGAACCUACACUGGCUCCACAUACCAGUUUGUUUACUUCAAGCGUUCCUCCUACUCCUGAACCCACGACUACUCAAUACAUGACUUCUGUGUUUCCAGAGAAGCCGCCCACAAUCUAUGACAGAAUGGUGACAUGGUCCUGGUAUCAAACCUUCACCAGUCUAUCUAAAACGUCAUAUUAUUCCAGGUCUGAAAUAAAAACAGAAAGCUCAUUUGUUGGGUCGUUCGCCCAGACCACUCAUCUGAUUCCUGUGACUGCCCGACCUUCAACAACAGCCUUUAGAACGACUACAAGUAGUCCUUUAACCAGGAAAUCAACGACAGUCCAGACUAUCCCAGCAGCUACAAAGACAACGAGCACAACUGUGACGUCUCUUGUUUCAAACCAGUCUGCCGUCAUCAGGCAGCAUUUUAAAGUUAGUUCUGCAGGCGUUGGAGCGGCGUUCUGUGUCUGGCUGUUUGCAGGAUUUCUGGUGCUCUGCGUGGCAUCCGGAGCGAGUGUCCUGGUGACCGCGGUGAAGCUGAUCAUGUGGUACAAGAAGGUCUACAGGCCGCUGAGCCUCACAUUAGCCAGAAGGCUGAAAGACAGGGAAGCAGUAGCUCUGUUAAUGCGGAGUAAGAUGGAAGAGAACGCGGUGGUAGGAGAUGGAGGAGUGGUGGCGCUGUACCGCUCUUUGCUGUUCGUCCAUAGAGAGGGAGGAGACAUAAAUGAGGGGAACAAGGAACAGAUUAUUACUCUAAAGCUGGCAGGAGAGGAAACAGGGACGGAGGACAGAGUGUACAGGAAGACCAUGUACCGGCUGUUAAGCAGAGAGGAGGAGAUACAGGGAUGGAGGGAUGUUGUAGAGGAGUGCCGGGUCUCUGCAGACGAUAGAGGUGGGAAGAAAGAAACCAGGAUGGACAAGGAACCUGCAGGAGGUGCAGGAGGAGUUUCUAAAAAACGCUACAGCGUUAUUCUGCGAGAGGAGAGGGAGGAGAAAGAGGGCGAGCGGGAGGAACUGAACUGGGUGGUGGGAGGAUGGGAGGUGAAACGAGGAGCAGAGGGGGGUCCAAGGAGCAGCUGGGGGGAGUGGCUGUCAUACUAUUUACCCAGCAUGCCAUGGGGACUCGCUGUACCGUCUAAGGAAGAGGCAGCAACGCAGUGAUGAUACCAAGUUGGAAUCCCUUUACUCUGCUGUUUUAUCUUUUUUAUUAAAGUCUUAUCUGAUUAUUCUGAACCACAUUAGCAGAGACAGGCAUCCAGGUGUCCAUCAGGGUUAUUAUUAGUUCCAUUAUCAGCAACUGUGUUCUGAAAUAACUUUCAUUUUCAAGCUCCUCUCUGCACGGCUCUUCUCUAUGCAGAUGAUACUGUCUUAUAUUUCACUGUAGCCAAAUUAAGGCUUUAGAUAAUCUGCACAUCUUUCAAUAUUCACUAGUUAAAAUCAGUGCUUACAAUAGUAGUGUAUGCUUCUACUAACGCUUAGUCCAGCUAUGCUCAUUGUAAGUGGUAAACGGUUUGUACUUUUAUAGCGCUUUAACUAGUUUGAUAACACCAAAGCGCUUUACACUUCUUUUUUUUUUUUUACAUUAUUUUACAUUGUACAAUUAUUAUUAUUCUUUUGUCUUCUGUUUUUACAUGGAGCCUUUCAACAUUAUUUCACUCAAAUGAACAUUGUGAAAGACAAUGUCUAUGUCUAAAAAGGCUUUUCAUCCCCUGUUCGGUGUCAUCGCAUAGAAAGGGAAGUCCUGCAGUCUGACACACAAGGCUAGAGCUCUGUAUUAUGUAUCCAAUGUUCAUGUCUCUCAUGGCAGAGAGACAUACUGAGGCGUUUGACAUUAGUUUAAAAUAUUAAACUAAUGUUUUUUAUCAUGCCUGAAUUUAAAUAAACCUUUUACCCUUAGAUGAAUGUGUAAUUAUUUUUAUUUCAUUGCAUUAAAAAACAAGAACAGUGUAACUUGGCUCUUUGGUACACUGGAAGGGUUCUAUUUUAUUUAAAAAGCAUAGUUCUAUUCGAUAUAAAAAAAA